GUACUUUUUCUCUCUCUCUCUCGUGCUCGCUCUUUCUCUCUCUUCAUCCCAACCCCUUCUCUCUCCCUCCUCUCUCUCACUGCUGUGUGAGUGCGCUCGAUCGCAUUGUUCGGAGAGAGAGAGAUUAGGGUUCUGGAUCGACUCGUGGGUUGCGAAGUUUUUUUGGAGGACGCAAACACAACGAGCGGCUAUAAGGUGUUAGUUCGAUAUAGUUUAAUGAGCUGAAAGAGUAAUUUUCAACUAUUUUGAAGAUGGAGACUCUCUUAGAGACGACCUCCUCCUCCCCGAAGUGCGCCCCAGUUGCUUCUGCAGAGAGCGCGAAGAACACUGUGAAACUGAGCAAGCCCCGUGGAGUCUCAACGGGCACCAAGGCUACGGCCUCAUCUUCUCCUGCAGAUUCCACGGUGACCAGCUCCAAAUCUAAUCUUGCCAAGUCCUCUGUGACCUCAAAUGCCGCUUCUAUCCGUAGAAGAAACAGCACUGGAGGUCUUAUAGUGGAAAAGCCGGCGACUUCGGUAACUAAGCAACAGGAAAAUGGAAGUCCAGUUAUUCGGAAAGUUUCUUCUUCUAUAUCUGACCGAAGCAAGAAAAUUAGCACCGAAUCGAAAGGGCUAUCAUCACUUUCGGUCAGCCUGAAGCCUUCCUCAUUAGUCACACGCCCGGAGACAAAGAAGGCAUCGCCCGUUUCGCGCUUGUCCUCUGCACCUGAUAGUGGUAAAGCUGAUUUGAAGAAGCCCCUUGCCAAACCAGCACUUUCAACUUCUUCCUCGAGAAAGGUGUCCUCAUCCUCGGCAGAGAGUUCUAAUGGUCGCGGUAGCCUCAGAAGAGCUGCUUCUUCUUCGGCACGGUCGCCUUCAGCAACGAGCAGCUUGAAGGUGAGGUCCCUGUCAUCUUCGGUGGAGAAGGGCUCUUUAUCGAGCCGGAGAAGGAGUACAACUGUGGAGAGUCGCUUCAUGAUGCUUCCACAGGUGGAUGUCAAAGCCGGCGAUGAACUGAGGCUGGAUCUAAGAGGUCAUCGGGUUCGUAGUCUUAAUGCCUUGAACUUGUCACCAAAUUUGGAGUUUGUUUAUCUUAGGGACAAUCUUUUAUCAUCUGUUGAGGGCAUUGAGAUUUUGAAGCGGGUGAAGGUUCUUGAUUUGAGCUUUAAUGAUUUCAAAGGAUCUGCAUUUGAGCCUCUUCGGGAUUGUAAAGGCCUUCAGCAACUUUAUCUUGCUGGAAAUCAAAUAACAUCACUUGCCAGCCUCCCUGAACUACCUAACUUGGAGUUUCUCUCAGUUGCUCAGAAUAGGUUGAGGUCACUUUCUAUGGCCAGUCAACCUCGACUGCAGGUUCUGGCAGCGAGCAAAAACAAAAUUUCAACUUUGAAAGGCUUUCCCCAUUUGCCUGCUCUUGAGCAUUUGCGUGUGGAGGAGAAUCCUAUUAUGGAAAUGCCUCACGUGGAAGCCGCUUCUAUAUUGCUGGUAGGCCCUAGUCUAAAGAAGUUCAAUGACCGAGAUCUUUCUCCCAGAGAAGUAGAAGUUGCAAAGCUAUAUCCUGCUCCAACGGCUCUGUGCAUUCGAGAUGGAUGGGAAUUUAGCCGCCCAGAGCUUGCUGCAGAUUCAACAUUUUCCUUCCUAGUUGAAAGUUGGAAGGAUCACUUACCUCCAGGCUUUAUGGUUAAAGAAGCCUAUAUUGAUCAGCCAUUUGAAGAAGAUACCUGCCGUUGCCACUUUACCUUUGCCAAUUUAAGCAGUGACAGUGAGUUGGUUCUUAAAUAUCAAUGGUUUCUAGGUGACAGAACUCCAACAAACUUUGUACCUAUUACUCAUGCAGUGGGUGAGGUGUACUGGCCAAAGCAUGAGGAUAUUGGUAGAUAUUUGAAGGUCGAGUGCACUCCAAUAUUAGAAGAUACAGAAUUCCCAUCUAUUUUUGCUAUAUCUUUGCCGGUUUCACCAGGAACUGGAUGUCCAAAAGUCAUUAACCUGCGAGUGCAUGGUGAGCUUGUUGAAGGAAAUGUAAUCAAGGGUGUUGCUGAAGUUGCAUGGUGUGGUGGAACACCAGGGAAAGGUGUGGCAAGCUGGUUAAGGCGAAGAUGGAAUGGUAGUCCUGUACUUAUACCUGGAGCUGAAGACGAGGAAUAUCGGCUUACGGUUGAUGACAUUUCUUCUAGUUUGGUAUAUAUGUACACUCCAGUAACAGAAGAAGGCAUCAAGGGGGAACCACAGUAUGCAAUGACCGAGUUCGUGAAAGCAGCUGCACCAUCAGUUAGCAAUGUUUGUAUCGUAGGAGAUGCUGUUGAAGGCAAUACGAUCAAAGGAACAGGAGAAUAUUUUGGUGGCAAGGAGGGUCCGAGCAAGUAUGAGUGGCUGAGAGAGAAGGAAAAUGGUGAGUUUCUAGUGGCAUCAUCUGGUACAACUGAGUAUACCUUAACCAAACGAGAUGUUGGGCGACGCCUGAAGUUUAUAUACAUUCCCUUCAACCUUGAAGGUCAAGAGGGGGAAUCAGCAUCGGUCAUGACAGAGAUUGUAAAGAAAGCUCCUCCAAAGGUUACGAAUUUGAAGUUAGUGGGAGAACUGAGGGAAGGGAAUAAGCUGAGUGUUACUGCCACUGUCACUGGGGGAUCUGAGGGAUCUAGUCGAGUCCAAUGGUUUAAAACAUCUUCUUCCAGAUUAGAGGGUGAACAUGGUCUUGAAGCACUUAGUACUUCCAAAAUUGCAAAGGCAUUUCGUGUUCCCCUUGGUGCUGUUGGAUAUUAUGUUGUUGCGAAAUUUACUCCUAUGGCCCCUGAUGGUGAAACUGGUGAACCAGCAUUUGUUACAUCAGAAAAAGUUGUCGAAACACUUCCGCCAAGUUUAAAUUUUUUGACAGUAACUGGUGAGUUUUCCGAGGGCGAGAUGCUCACUGCAUCAUAUGGUUAUAUUGGGGGCCACGAGGGAAAAAGUCUAUAUAGUUGGUGUCUUCAUGAGACUGAAACUGAUAAAGGUGCAGCAAUCCCAGAGGCAUCAGGUCUUCUUCAGUACCGUAUUACAAAGGAUGCUAUUGGCAAAUUUAUUUCUUUCAAAUGCACUCCUGUAAGGGAUGAUGGUUUUAUUGGUGAGCCAAGGACUUUCCUAGGGAAGGAGCGUGUUCGUCCAGGAAGUCCGAGAUUGAUCUCCCUCCAAAUAGCUGGCAGAGCAAUUGAAGGAACUACGCUGGUUGCUAAUAAGAAAUAUUGGGGGGGUGAAGAAGGUGAUUCAAUUUACCGUUGGUUCUUGACUAAAUCAGAUGGUUCACAGAGUGAAAUUGAAGGUGCUACAUCCGCAUCAUAUACCUUAACAUGCAAUGAUAUUGACUCACUUGUUUCCGUUUCAUGCGAACCUGUUAGAAGUGAUGGGGCUCGGGGUCCUGCUGUUGUUUCAGAUCAUAUUGGCACCAUUAUACCUGGGCCACCUACUUGUAAAUCGCUAGAUAUUCUUGGCUCCAUGGUUGAAGGUGGCCGUUUGAGCUUCAUUGCUGAAUAUAGUGGAGGUGAGAGAGGAAGUUGCAUUCAUGAAUGGUAUAGAGUGAAGGAUCACGGUAUGAGGGACAAAUUAACUAGUGAUGAUUUUCUGGAUCUGACACUUGAAGAUGUCGGCGGGUGCAUUGAGCUUGUUUAUACUCCUGUAAGAAAGGAUGGAUUGAAAGGGUCACCCAAGAGCAUUCUUUCUGCUGUCAUCAUUCCUGCUGAUCCGAAGGGUGUUGAGCUAGCUCUACCAGACUGUUCUGAGGACGAGGAAAUUGUUCCGCUGAAAACUUACUAUGGUGGAAAAGAAGGAAUUGGGAAAUAUGUUUGGUACCGAACAAAAGAAAAGCUACCUGAGUCAGAGUUGGUUAAUAUAGCUUCGUCUGAUGAUGUUUGUGUUGUUGGUGAAAUGCUAACAUAUAUACCUUCACUAAAGGAUGUUGACUCUUACCUGGCCCUUUGCUGGGUUCCUACACGUGCUGAUGGAAAAGUUGGAGAUCCAUUAGUUGCCAUUAGCCCUAAUCCAGUCAAAGCAGCUCUUCCAGUUGUUUCUGAAGUUGGCUUGAAGGAGAUAAGAUCAGGUGUAUAUAAUGGGGAGGGAGUAUAUUAUGGUGGAUAUGAGGGUUCAAGCCACUACAGCUGGUAUAGGGAAACUAAUGAAGGAACUAUAGUUCUUAUAAAUGGAGCUAAUUCGGCUACUUAUGAAGUUACAGAUGAGGACUACAAUUGCCGCUUAUUAUUUGGGUAUACUCCAGUUCGUUCAGAUGGAGUUGUUGGGGAAGUCAAAUUAUCUGAACCAUCUGAUGUAGUUCUUCCAGAACUUCCAAAAAUUGAAAUGCUUACCUUCAAAGGGAGGCAGAUCGAAGGGGAAAUACUGACUGUUGUUGAAAUAAUUCCUAAGACCGAGGUUCAACAAUGCGUGUGGGACAAGUACAAGAAAGAGAUUAAGUACCAGUGGUUCUGCUCAGUAGGAACAGAAGAUUGUCAAUCCUUUGAACCAUUGCCUACUCAGUGUUCUUCCUCAUAUAAGGUGCGUUUCGAGGAUAUUGGUCAAUGCUUAAAAUGCGAAUGCAUUGUUACCGAUGUGUUUGGAAGGUCGAGUGGACCUGCAACAGCAGUAACUGCUCCUAUAUUGCCAGGGAUACCCAAAAUUGACAAGCUCGAGAUUGAAGGAAGAGGUUUCCAUACUAACUUAUAUGCUGUUCGGGGGGUUUAUAGUGGAGGAAGAGAAGGUAAGAGCAAAAUCCAGUGGCUAAGGUCCAUGGUUGGAAGUCCUGAUCUUAUUUCCAUUCCUGGCGAAGUUGGGAGAAUGUAUGAAGCUAAUGUUGAUGAUGUGGGGUAUAGAGUUGUAGCAAUUUACACACCCAUAAGAGAGGAUGGAGUUGAAGGACAACCAGUUUCUGCAUCAACAGAUCCAAUUUCAGUUGAGCCUGAUGUUUACAAAGAAGUGAAGCAGAAGCUAGAUCUUGGUUCUGUGAAGUUUGAGGUAUUGUGUGACAAGGACCGGUCCCUGAAAAAGCAGGCUCCUGGAGUGGAAAAUCUAGAGAGGAGGAUUUUAGAAGUCAAUAGGAAGAGGGUUAAAGUUGUGAAACCUGGUUCUAAAACUUCUUUCCCGACUACUGAAGUACGGGGUACCUACGCGCCUCCUUUCCAUAUUGAGCUGUAUCGGAAUGACCAGCACCGCUUCAAGAUUGUAGUGGACGGUGAGAACGAAGUGGACUUGAUGGUGCCGACCCGGCACAUGCGGGACGUUAUUGUUCUCGUUAUAAGAGGCUUUGCGCAGAGAUUCAACAGCACCUCUCUGAAUUCCCUUCUCAAGAUAGAAACAUGACACCCUGACAUUUAGUUUUAUAUGUAUACUUGCCCUGGGCAGUUGGAAGGAAUUCUUUGAUGCUGGUGCACUGAUUAUUGUUUGAUUGAGAGCAAAUGCAUGUUUAAUAGGCUAAAAAUCUAGGGUUUCGGUGUGGUGUGGCUUGUAUAUUUUCGUAUUGACACAUUGCGCGCUGCUUUACGGCUUUGUUUUUCAGCUCGGUUAUCUUUCCAUACCAGCCGGUUUGCUAGCUUUGAAUGAUGUUGUAUAAAUUAGGCUUUCUUUGUAUUUGAAUGUUGUAAAAUGUACAGGAUGUAAUGAUGAUAUACAUGUAUUCAGAGAUGUACGCGUAUAUAUUUAUUCUGCCA